AUGUAAUAAGAGUUGAUCCAAUUUAAACAAGAAGACUCUAAAGCUCCUUUUACAAUAAAAUCAGAGAUAUAAAUCUAAAAGUAAAAAGAACAAGAUAUUGAAAUAUAAAACCUAUAUAGAAUGAUUGAUAAAGGGAUCGAUUAUUAUAAUAAUGGACAAUUUACAUUUGCCAAAGUUGUUUUGUAUAAAAGCUCUAGUACUCUACUAAAUUAAAUAAAAAAAAAUCGUAAGAAUUAUUAAAUCAAUUAAGAAAUAUCUGAAAAAGAGAAACCUCCCUUGAUAAAGGGUAUUAUAGAAGGAUAAAAGCAACUAUAUAGUUGGAUUUGUCACAUGCUUAAUUAAAUCCAAUAUAAUUAUUUAGUUAUGAAAAAUUGCAAUUGUAAUUGGAUGUAUUUUAUUUUAUUGAUAGAGAUCUAGAAUAAUAAGUUAAAAACCAAAACACUAAGCAAAAAUUACAAUAGAUACUUUAUAAUUUUAAAAAUAUUCAUACUUUAUAUACAUAGAGACUUAAAACUACCAAUAUUUUUAUCAAAAUGUCUUUACAAGUUUUACUUAGAUUAAUUUUACUAAAAAUUAAGUUAAUGUAACAGAUAUUUAAAAAAAGGUUUUAUUAAGCGGAUGCUUAAAUUUCACCCUCAUAGAGAAUUACCUUUUUACAAAUUAUAUAGCAUAGGAUUUUUGA